AGUCGCAAGAGUAUCGAUAAGAGGCGCAAGCGUAUUUUGAGAGUAAAAUCUACACAACAUGCAAAAAUAGCCCUACAUAAACAUAUCGAUUGACUUCCAGUCUUGUGGAUAGUUUUUUCAGUGUGUUAUGUGUCAGUCUCAGUCAUCUGUGGAUGAGUCAUCUUGACGCAUUUGUCAAAAAAAAGCCAUUCGGAUGUCUUCCGUCGUUCCCAUCAGUUUUAGUUUUUAGAAAUUGUGCUGUGAAAAGUUACCGCCUGGUUUCAUGUGGAAUAAGUGCAUGAUAUUCCAUAAAUUUUUAAUUUAAAAAAGAUAUUCUUCGUCGCAAAGAUGUUUCUGUCAUCGGCGAUUAAUCAAUAUAGAAUUCGUAAAAUUGAGAGUAUUGGCAAAAUGACGCAGAUGACUCAGGAGGAGAUUGUGGCAAAUACCAAGACAGUUCUGCAGGGCUUGGAGGCUCUGAGACUGGAGCAUGUGUCUCUGAUGACAGGUCUCCGGGAGGCGCGUCAUGAUACAGAAAAAUCAGAUAUUGUCCAGAAGAAUAUUGACAGCAUUGAAUUGGGUUUGGGGGAAGCACAGGUGAUGCUGGCACUUGUGUCGCAUUUGCAGAAUGUCGAGGCGGAAAAGCAGAAAUUGCGCACUCAAGUGAGGCGUCUGUGUCAAGAAAAUGCCUGGCUGAGGGAUGAAUUGGCCAAUACGCAGCAAAAGCUUCAAGCUUCAGAACAAACGGUGGCACAGUUGGAGGAGGAGAAGAAACAUUUGGAGUUUAUCAAUUCCAUUCGCAAAUACGAUGAGAAUCAGGAACAGGAAGAUGGUGGUGACAAACCUCGAGCUGAUCCAGUUGUUGAGCUAUUCCCGGAAGAUGAGCAAGAGGAGCGUCACAAUAUGUCACCAACACCUCCAAGUCAAUUUGCCAAUCAGGCAAAUGCUGGCUAUGAAAUUCCUGCACGUCUCCGUACACUCCAUAAUUUGGUGAUUCAGUAUGCUUCACAGGGUCGCUAUGAAGUAGCCGUACCACUGUGCAAGCAAGCUCUAGAGGAUUUGGAGAAGACAAGUGGUCAUGAUCAUCCCGAUGUAGCGACAAUGCUUAACAUCUUGGCCCUUGUCUAUCGUGAUCAGAAUAAGUACAAGGAGGCUGCAAAUUUACUCAAUGAUGCCUUGACAAUUCGCGAAAAGACACUGGGUGAAAAUCAUCCGGCUGUUGCGGCCACACUCAAUAAUUUGGCUGUUCUCUAUGGCAAACGUGGCAAGUACAAAGAUGCUGAGCCACUUUGCAAGAGAGCUCUCGAAAUUCGUGAGAAAGUUCUUGGUACAGAUCAUCCGGAUGUUGCCAAGCAACUCAACAAUUUGGCUCUUUUGUGUCAAAAUCAGGGCAAAUAUGAAGAAGUUGAACUGUACUAUCAGCGUGCAUUGGAAAUUUAUGAAAUCAAACUUGGGCCUGAUGAUCCCAAUGUGGCCAAAACGAAGAAUAAUCUGGCCAGUUGUUUCCUCAAACAGGGCAAAUACAAAGAGGCAGAAGUGCUCUACAAGCAAGUCUUGACGAGGGCUCAUGAAAGGGAAUUCGGGACCAUUGAUGGUGAUAACAAGCCCAUUUGGCAGGUGGCUGAGGAGCGAGAGGAGAACAAACUGAAAAACCGCGAAAAUACACCUUAUGGGGAAUAUGGGGGGUGGCACAAGGCAGCCAAAGUGGAUUCACCGACUGUGACGACAACACUGAAGAAUCUCGGGGCUCUGUAUCGUCGUCAGGGAAAAUAUGAGGCGGCAGAGACGCUGGAGGAUUGUGCUUUACGGAGCAAGAAGGAGGCACUGGAUCUUGUGAAGCAAGUGAAGGUGGCACAAAUCCUAGGGAGUGACGAUAAGAGGCGGUCGAAGCAUACAAAAGGUCCGUCAGGAAGUGAAUCUGUGGAGAGUGUUAAGAUGGAGAAUGUGAAAAUGGAGAGGGAAGACAGUGCUAAAAGAUUGUCGCGACCUUAACAUGAGUUAUGCGGCUGAGAGAGAGAGACGGAGUUCUCUUUUUUAUUAUUAUUAUUUAAAAAUAAACUAUUUUUUAAUAAAUUCAAUAUGUAAAGAAGUUAAGAUAACAGCGAAGAUUUAAGAUUUAUACAGUAAGUUUUCUUACACAGUGUUUUCUUUCCUUUAAUGACAGUUUUUUUACGUUGCAAUUCCUAUUUUUUUGUAUUUAUUAUAACCAGUGAAAAUUUGCGCAUAGAAGAAAUAUUUGAAAAAUGAUAAAAAUAAAGAAAAUGAAUAUUAUAUUGUAAUUUGCAGUAGUGAUGGAAAAUUAUACUGUUACGAAUUGUCUCUGAAUUUAAA